UUUACCACGGUAACCAGCAGCAGCUGUUGGGCGGGACUGGUCACUAUGGAGACUGAGGACGCGUCUCUAUGGUAACAGGAAGCGGCGGAUACAAGAAGGAGAGCGGAGAUCGUGCGGUAGAUCCGGCGUCUACACCCGAGCGGCCCCGGUACAGGACACAGACAUGUCUGACCUCGGAUCCGACUUCGAGGAAGAAGCUGAACCCGAUCUGGGGGAAUAUGACGGUGAGAGGAAUGAAGCCGGAGAAAGACAUGGACAAGGCAAAGCACGACUCCCGAACGGAGAAACGUACGAUGGGAUGUAUGAGAGCGGGCGGCGGCACGGCCAGGGGACGUAUCGCUUCAAGAAUGGCGCACGUUACAUAGGGGAAUAUUACCAGAACCGCAAACACGGGGUCGGGACCUUCAUGUAUCCAGACGGCUCCAAAUAUGAAGGUGACUGGGUGGACGACCAGAGACAAGGCCAGGGGGUCUACACCUACACCAACGGGGACGCGUACAGCGGGGACUGGUUCGGCCAUCAGAGGCACGGGCAGGGGCUCUACACUUACGCUGACACCGGAUCCAAAUACAUCGGUACCUGGGUGAACGGCAAACAGGACGGGGCCGGGGAGCUGGUCCAUCACAACCACCGCUACCUGGGGAAGUUCUCCAAUAACACAAUCCUGGGUCCUGGGAAAUACGUGUUUGACAUCGGAUGUGAGCAGCACGGAUCAUAUGUGCAGGUGGAGCAGGAGAAGGAGGAAGAGGAGGAGGAGGAGCCUCUGGCUGUGCCCGUAACACGGUGGAAUCCGGAGAAGAUCAGCAGCCUGACCCUGUGGUCACCAACAGCAGUGGUGCAGCCGCCAGCCCCAGUGGUUGGAGAACCAAUUGGAUCUGACACCGCUCCUGUGGACACUACCGCAGACCCCAGAGACCAGAAUGUAGAAACCACCGAGGCACCAGCUCAGGAACAGUCAUCUGAACCCGUCACUGCCGAGGCCGAACCAGCCUCUGAGUUACCUGACAGCGCUGGAGGCGAGGAGAGAGAGCCUGAUGAAGACGCAGCAGGUUGAGAUACCGAGGAACAUGAAUAUGAAUCUACUUCAUCCAAAAUGGACGCCAUCACCCCGAACAGUCAGAGCCAGACCCCAGGGGCCCCAGUCACUGCAGCAGCUUCUAUACCACCUGGUCAUAAAUAAACAGCGUUCAC